AUGCAGAUUGUAUUAUUGGCAAAUCAUUGGCAAUAUGGUCACCAAUGGCGUCUUGGAGCAUCACCUGGGCCUCGAGCCAGAGGGGGAGGCUUGAUCGAUUUUGGUAGGAAAGAGCGCAAGAAUGGCCCAAAGAACUUCGACAGGUACCAUUUCCUGGCCUGGCUCUUCAUCAAGGGCUAUUGGCUCGCUUGCGUCUUGCUCUUGUCUCUCAUCCCCAAAGACUCUGUCGCCAAAGGAUACCCUAUGCAGAAGCUUCUAUGGUACUCCGUAAAGGACUUUGAGAAGCAUACACAGCUUCUAGGUAAGACCCUCUGCGCUCAGGGCAAAUUGUCCUACCUCAAGUCUGUCAACGCUGCCACAAUGCCACAAGCCUUCACACGAACUGAAGAGAGCAGCGUCAUCAUCGGCAAAAAGUUUUCUCACCAAAAGCCAGUGCCCAUCAUGGCUCUGCACCCGGACUUUUGGCCUUCACAAAACUCGAAGCUCAUUAAUCACAUCGACCAUCUCUCGCAAUUCUGA